AUACCUCAGCCGCCCAUAAUAACCAUCCACAUUGCUCCAAACCCCUCUAUCUCUCUCUAAAUAUUUAACCACACAACACAACAGAAAACACCAACCAUAUGGAGAGAAGAAUCUCACUGUAACUCUGAAUACUUCUUCUUCAUCCAAACAGUACUUGAAACUAUACAAACAUGAACUAAAAGCUUUUAGUACUAUAGAUAGAGAGAGGAAAAAGAAAAAAAAAAUUGCUUUAUACACAGCCCCAGAAAACAAAACAAAAAUGAGUAGUAGUCCUGAAGACUCCUUAAGAAGUCUCUCUUUAGAUUAUCUCAAUCUCCUUAUCAAUGGUCAAGCUUUUAGUGAUGUUAUUUUUAAUGUUGAAGGUCGUUUAGUCCAUGCUCAUAAGUGUAUCCUGGCAGCCCGGAGUCAUUUCUUCCGGAAAUUCUUCUGCGGGCCUGGCUCCCCUCAAUCCGGCCAGCAGCUCGACCCCGGGCUGAGAAACUUAGGGCCCGGAUCCCCGAGGGAUGCGGGCUCUCAGGGUGUUAUACCGGUUAAUUCGGUAGGGUACGAGGUGUUCUUAUUGAUGAUGCAGUUUUUGUAUAGUGGACAAGUAUCAAUUGUGCCACAAAAACAUGAGCCUAGGCCUAAUUGUGGAGAAAGAGGUUGUUGGCAUACACAUUGUACCUCAGCCGUUGAUCUUGCACUUGAUACUCUCUCAGCCGCUAGAUCUUUUGGUGUUGAAGAACUUGCUUUGUUCACUCAGAAGCAAUUGGCAAUCAUGGUAGAAAAAGCUUCAAUUGAGGAUGUGAUGAGAGUUCUAAUAGCAUCAAGGAAGCAAGACAUGAACCAACUAUGGACUACUUGUUCACAUUUGGUUGCAAAAUCAGGCCUUCCACCUGAAAUCUUAGCCAAACACCUUCCCAUUGAUGUUGUAGCCAAAAUCGAAGAACUCCGCCUCAAAUCCAAUCUAGCACGUCGAUCACUAAUGCCACAUCAUCACCACCACCAAGAUCCUGGUUCUGCAGCCGAGCUCGAGGACCAGAAAAUCCAUCGCAUGAGACGAGCACUAGACUCGUCCGACGUUGAGCUUGUCAAGCUCAUGGUAAUGGGAGAAGGCCUAAAUCUUGAUGAAUCAAUUGCAUUGCAUUAUGCGGUUGAAAAUUGUAGCAGGGAAGUAGUGAAAGCGUUACUCGAGCUAGGUGCAGCGGAUGUUAAUUUCCCUGCAGGUCCUGCACGGAAAACUCCGCUGCACAUUGCAGCUGAAAUGGUGUCACCAGAUAUGGUAGCGGUUCUAUUAGACCACCAUGCUGAUCCCAACGUCCGAACGUUAGAUGGUGUCACUCCUUUGGACAUUUUACGGACCCUAACGUCCGAUUUUCUAUUUAAAGGGGCUGUCCCAGGAAUCCCUCACAUUGAACCGAAUAAGUUAAGACUUUGCCUCGAACUCGUUCAAUCAGCAGCUAUGGUGAUUUCAAGAGAGGAAGGGAACACGAAUAUGGACCCGUCUUCGACGAAUAUUUAUCCACCUAAUAUGAGUGAUGAUCAUACUUCUAGCACAAGCAGUGGUACUGGGAACAUUGGAUCAAAUCUUAACAUUGAUUCAAGAAUGGUGUAUUUAAAUCUAGAUGGUGGAGUUACUAAUACUUCAACUCAUGAUCCUUCAUCAAUGUACCACCAUUCACAUGAGUAUUAAGAUUAUUUAUAUUAUACAUAUUUUAUUUGAACAAUUCAUUAAUUGAGACAGACUAUAAUGUCUGAUGAUCUAGAUUUACUUAAUACCAUUCAGAUAGGUUUACUUAUA